ACGCUCCUCUCAACUCACUGACAGCCUCUGGCACUACUCGAAGUGAGAGAGAGUGAGCGAGAGCGAGACAUUUCUGAGCAUAGAGGGGGAACUUGUUCAGCGCUGGACUUUUAUCAUGCUGAACUGACCCUCUGGAAUACUCGACAAAACAACUGCAAGGACAAGACUCGCAACGCAGGGAUCAUUUCACAGCAAGAGGCGAAAAUGCUCAGCUUUGAGCGGCCCCCUCCAUUAGCAGUGAUGCAUCCUGGGAGAGAACCUCCCUCUGUGGCCAUCCUGCCUCUGAGAAACACCCACCACCAGCAGCUGCAUCACAGGAGGAGAACCAAGAGGAUGGAGAGGGGCAAACCGGGACUGCGCUCCAAGAAGCUGGCCAUCCUGUCCCGGUCGCUCAUCAUCUGCAGCUCCAGCACCAAUGAGGAUGCAUCCAGCCCAGAAGAAAGAUACCGUGAGCCCUGGGAUGGCGGGCUGGAGGAAAGACACCGCAGGGACCAGCUGGAAGGGUCAACGGGAAAUUCUGAAAACUACAUGACGAGGAGCGUCAGCGUCCAGGUGCCUCAGAGGGGCCAAGAGGGCCCUAAAAGAAAUAUGAGGAGGUCCUUCUCCAUCAAGGAAAGCAGUUUCUGGAGAAUGUGUGUCGCCACGCGGGAGGAGGGUCUACAAGUGGGUGAUAACAAACUUCAGUCCGGCAACAAUGGCGCUACUGUUGGACGAGAUUUACACAGGGACACUUAUAUCUACUUCGGAGACCGGCUUGCCCCAUUUAACGGACAGAUUAUAAACGAUCAAGCAAAACUGGAGGCUGAUCCAGAGAAAAGGCCUGCGCUGAAGACUGUGUGCAGAACCACCAGCACUGAAGGUUUCUCUCCAUGUGAAAGCAGAGCUCUGUUUGCUAAUGUCAAUGAAUCAGACCCGCUUGGCUACACUUAUGGAGAAAAGGAGGCAAUGGGAAACAACAAUAACUUGAAGAUGCCAGUUAUUAAGGUGUCAGACGAUGAGGGCAAGAACUGCGACAACGAGGAUCAGAGCUGUCAAGAGACGUCCUGCAAAAGAUCUCGCUCCAACUCCACCAGCGUUCACCCGUACUGGAUCGGAGAUUUGGAUACCAUCAUUAUGAAGACGCCAGAGCUGUUCCCGUGUCCAGCCCACGCUACCACAGGCUUUUACGGCAACAGGAAGUCUCUCUCUCAGCAGCUGGAAUUCCCUCAUAGCAUUCCACAGGCUGUGGUCAGACCGUCUCGCUCUCUAAGUUCAGCACACUUGGUCCCGUCCUGCAGCAGCGUACAGGCCUUCAUCAUCUCCAACAUCGUUCUCAUGAAGGGCCACGGAAAGGGUCUGGGAUUCAGUAUAGUAGGAGGAAGAGACAGCAUGUACGGCCCAAUGGGGAUUUACGUGAAGACCAUCUUUCCUGGAGGCGCAGCAGCCGCUGAUGGAAGACUACAGGAAGGAGACGAGAUACUGGAAUUGAAUGGUGAAUCUCUCCACGGUUUGACACACGAAGACGCCUUACACAAGUUUAAACAAGUGAAGAAGGGUCUGUUAACGCUGGUGGUGAGGACCAGUCUGCGGGUGGGCGCUGUGCCGGGCAGCCACAGCCAGGUCUCUCAAUUAUGCCGAUCCAGAUCUCUGAGCUCCAGCACCGGUAUCAGUCGAGUCAGUGCUGAUCUGGGAGACUAUAACUGCCUGAAUAACCCUGCAAAAGCCCAGGACAGAGUCAUGAUGGAGAUCACGCUGCAAAAGGAGUUUGGUGUAGGUUUAGGUAUUGGCCUGUGCUGUGUACCUUCUGCUGCCGGCUGCGCGGGAAUCUACAUUCACACGCUGUCACCAGGAUCAGUGGCCCACAUGGAUGGACGAUUAAGAUGUGGCGAUGAGAUCAUGGAGAUCAAUGACACGGUGGUUUGCAACAUGACGCUGAACGAUGUGUACACGGUUCUGAGUCAGUGCAGCCCGGGACCGGUUCAGAUCAUCAUCAGUCGACACCCCGACCCAAAAGUUUCUGAGCAGCAGCUGAACGAGGCCAUCGCUCAGGCGGUGGAGCACAGCAGACUCAGGAGAGACAGGAGUCAGUGGAGUAUGGAUGGAUGUAACAGCAGUCUAAGGAGACCCGACGCCUGUUCCCACAGCAGACAGAAGUGCAUCCGCUGUCUUGACCGGAGCACGAGUCAGCUGACCUGUAGACGAGCACAGAAACCCAUGAUCCGGUCGUGCAGUGAGGGCGCCUACAACCAGCGCUGUAUCCCGGCCAGCACCACCACCCAAUCCUUCCUCGAACCUGAGCACAUCACCAGAGUACAGAGCAUGGACGUUUCAUUAACAACCAACAGUGAAACUUCACUUAAUAACACAAUGUCUCCAGCCUCGUUCACAGACGAUGACUAUAACAUUCCCUAUAAAUGUCCAAUGAAUUUCACUGGACAACAGACAUUAGAUAUGCAUGCAGGUGUGGUGAGGAGCUCUACGCAAGGAGCAACACACCAUGCGCGGAGGUACUGCAGACGACAGGAAGUCAGCAGUCAGGAAGCGCUGACUGAUUCAAGCGGAUCUAGUCAAGGUUCACCAGCGAAGGACGAAGAUCUGCUGCCGUCUCAAAGCAACUGCCAGGAAGUGGUUGAAUGCUCAGAAGUCGGAACUAAAGCAUCUGUCUGUAUCUCUGAGCCUAAAAGUGACUCAACACACAGAGGGGACAGGCAGCACAGAGGUCCAGAGUCCCCAUCUAGUGUGUGUAGUCUGAGUAAACGAGUUGGUCUUAGACGCCAGGCUCAUUUGGAGGUCAGUACAGAUCAACCGCUUGACCCCUGGGUAAAGCUGACCGACAGUCCGGAGAACCAGUCCUACUGCUACAAAACCAUGAGUGACCAUAAUGGAGACAGCGAGUUGAACGGCACAGCCUCUGAAACCGCAAACACCAACUCAGACUCCAAAUCUGAGCAAGCUCCCAAUGUCAAAAAAGGCCCUCCGGUGGCUCCAAAGCCUGCAUGGGCACGUCAGAGCAUUAAGAACAUUAAGUCUGGGAAACCGAUAACAGAAGCUUUGAAGCAACCGGAUAACAGGAGCCACGAUACUGGCAGGACCUUUGGGAUUAGUCUGAGGGCUGCUUCAUCAGGAGCCAAUUUGUCAAUCAGGCAGAAGAUCAGCUCGUUUGAGACUUUCUCAGGUACCGAUGGAGCCGAAAGGCCAAGCAGGCGACUGGCCCCAACUGCAUCUCUUCCUCCAGUGGAGAAGACGGCUAAGACCUCAUCUGCAGACUACAGCAGUGCAGGGAGAACUAAAGUUACCACGAGCAACUUACACAAUAAUGAUGACUGCCAGUCUACACCGACAAUUUCAGCCACAACCCAGCCUCCAGAAGAAGAAAAGCAGCAACCAGCUUCCCUCGGUGCAGAUAUCAUUUCAGAGCCCCAUCCUGCAGAGGAAGAAAAACAAUCAGCUGAGCCAUGUAAGCCGAUCCCUGCUGAGGAACCUGCUCUCGACUCCGCAAAAGAGCUUUCACCUGUUACAGAGACCGAGCAAGAGCCCUUACCUUCUCAAGAGGAUUCGCCCCCUUCAAGCCACGUCCCGAGGAGAUCGAGCAGCUCAAAGGAGGGUCCAACAGAAAAAACUGAAGGUGAAGGAAUUCAUGCGGCGAGCUUGAGGACCAGGAGUCUACCUCUCAGUCCCUCUUCAGAUGCCCCCAUCUCAAGCGGCUUGGACGGGGAGAGCCUGGGGAUCAUCUUGUCCUUCAGCAACCAAGUAUCCAAUGCUUUAAUGCGAUCCAUGCAAUCCCUGCCACAAUCCCCUUGCAUUCGGUUUGGGAACCCCUGGAGUGCCCCAUCAGGGCUUGAUGACGCAAUAGAGGAAGACUCUCCUGGUGAAAAGCAUUCACCUUCGCCAGCACUAGAAAGCAGCGAAAAGGGUUUCUCCGUAAGCUUGGCUAAACUGAGGGAGCGUACCAUCGAGAGAGGGGAGGAGUGCGAGAAGGAGGAAUGGAAACCCGAACGACCGCUCACUUCAGCUUCAGAUGUCUGUGCCCAAUCCAUGCUCUCAGCCCUUCCGCAAGAGGAGAUUCAGCGGAUGAUCCAGGAAGUCAAGGAUCUGGAUGAAGACACGCUAAGGCAACUGGAAGACAUCCAUGUUGUGAUUCUACAUAAAGAAGAAGGAGCUGGCUUGGGUUUCAGCAUUGCUGGCGGUAUUGAUCUGGAGAACAAAGCAACUACAGUUCACAGGGUGUUUCCCAGUGGUCUGGCUGCUCAGGAGGGCACCAUUGAAAGAGGAGAUGAGGUGCUGUCCAUUAACGGUCAAACGCUAAAAAAUGUCACGCACAGCGACGCCACUGCCAUUCUCAGACAGGCCCGCACCAUGAAGCAGGCUGUGAUAGUGGUAUCCAAGAACAAAGACCCAGAAGGGAAGGGAGGCGCUAACGCUAAUGAGUCCAGCUGCAGCAGCGGGACAGAGAGCAGCGUCACAGGGGAUGACGGAGGCGAAGUUGUGACAGUCGAGCUGGAGAAGAACGCAGGUGGAGUUGGAUUUAGUCUUGAGGGAGGAAAAGGCUCCAUUAAUGGAGACAGACCACUAACCGUCAACAGAGUAUUUACAGGGAGUGACGCUGAGCAAAAGGGGCUGAAGUCUGGUGAUGAGGUGCUGCAGAUACAGGACUCAUCUCUGCAAGGUCUCACACGCUUUGAGGCCUGGACACUCAUUAAAGGCCUUAACGAUGGGCCGUUUACACUCGUCAUUAAGAAAAAAAAAUGCGAUUAGAGCUAAACGCCACUCAGAAGCACCCAGAUGAAAAUACUGGACUUAUUUCAAAUUUGAAUCAACUUUAAAUAAUGCGAAACUUCAUUUCAAACCUUGAAGAAAUGCCUCUUAAAUGUCUCUUAAAAGCAGGGUUACCAUAUGAUUUGACCUCAUUUUUUCUUCGAAACUGCAUUCAAAAAGACCAAUUUCUAUUCAGUUAAGUUUUCAAGUUGAGCAAAAAAAUAAAAUAAAAUAAAAUAAAAAAAAGUAUAUUCACUAUAAACAUUUACAUCAUGUUUAGGUUUUCCCCACCAACUUUUGUGAGUUUUGCAGGUCUGGAAAUCACUUAUUUCCAGGUUUCCAUGACUUUGGGAACCCAGCUGAGAUCAUUCAGUUGCCUUAAUUGCUCUAUUUUGCCAAUAAUGCAUUUUGACAGUAUGACUUUCGUAUCUUAUAUGAUGUGCAUGAAGUGCAUCACUGCAUGAUGUGGUACUACAUGAUCAGGAAGGCUUGCUUUUCUAAGCAGAGUUUUUAUAGCACAUCACUGUGCUGGUAUAGUACUGUUUUACUGUCAUGAUCAGGGAUUCAUAAAAAAAAAACAAAAAAAAAACAAAACAAAAAAAAAAAAAGAUUCUUGUCAAGUCUGCCUGUUUUGAUGCAAUGAUUUGCACAAGCCUGUAAAUAGUUUCAGAUAUAUUUCUAAACCAUUUCACCAAAGCAAAAUGUAAAGAACAGUUUUUCAAAAAAGAAAAUUUAUGUUGUAACUAUGAAGUAGAAUAUUUCAAAAACAUUUUUUUGUCAAA